CGCUGAUGGACACUCGGAGAUACCGGCAAUUGAGCUCACUACCCUUCGCGUGUUUCGUGGUAUACCUGUUCCAGGGGAGAAGCUCCUUGUUAAAGAGGGGACACAAAUUAAAAAUGGGGCCAUCAUCAUGACGGAAGAAUGUGUCGUGCCGCUUGGCGGAGAGGUGCUGCAGUUAAAGAAAGAAUUUCUUUCCAAGAGGAACCGAACUGAUGUUCCCUAUCAGACCAGUCUGGGUCUAGAGGCGGCUCCGCGUUUCCAACCGCUUCGUGUGCAUUCUGCCAUAGCAGUUGGUGCGCCCAAUAGACAACCAGUGACAGCAGACCAGGGAGGAGGCUACGGUAACAACCGUGGGAAAGGCGGAGGACGUAGCUAUCGUGGAGGAAGAGGAUCGGGUUCCCGAGAGCGAAACCGUCGUUGA